AUGAACGAUCCUCGCCAAUCCACAGUCGCUCAACGUUCUCUUCAACGACACCGCUUCCAGCAACGGCAAACUCGGCGAAGGUUGAUCAUCGGGGAAGUCGGGCAGGUCAUUGGGGCUGCCGCACAAGUAGUAAUCGAGUCCCAGAAGCGCUACUAUGUCAAGAAGCCCCUGCACAACAGUCCUUUUGGUGGCCAUCAGCUGGUCUCCGGCCAUCGGCUCAGACAUCUCAACGACAACGAGCCCAGUGCUGUAGAAGAGAGCUCGCAAGAAGAGCAGGACGAGGAUGCCGAAGGUGAGGAGGUUGAACGUUCUUCAGUGCUGGCACCGGACAGCGACGAUGAGGGGGAGCAAGAGGACUCUGGUGAUGGAGAGUUGAUUGAAGUAGCACCACCUCCAAAUCAGAAGAGACACUCUGCUGUCGCCACACCAAAAAAGGGGUCCCCAAGCCGAGCAAGCAAGCUUUCUGGACCAGAAGCCAUGCAACAGCAUGGUCAACACCUCAAAGCUAGAUUGGAUUGUCUGGCAAUGAGCCUGAACGAUGUCGAACGUGCUAGCAGGAACGAACUGUCUUCUCUCCUUGAGGAAGUUUCUUCUUCGCAGCUAUUCUCCCCUGGUGGCAGAGAUGACAUUUACGAGAUGCUCUGUAGCCAGCCUCUCGCGGCGCCGGAGAAGGAGGAGAUUGAUGAGAUUUUUGGGACGUUGGCGGAGAAGUGGGAUAUUACGACAGCGGAGGAGAUGGAGCAGGUGCUAGGAAUCAAGAUCGAACGCAAGCAAUCAGCCAAGACCUUUCAUCUAUCUCGUCCGAAGAAUAUCGAUGAACUCACCGACAAAUUCCCCUACAUUACCAAAGCAGAUCGUCCCUAUCAAUCCUCGCUCUAUCCCGAACAAUCCUCGCUCCCUUCCACCACGACGCGACGAAGACGAAUCGCCAGCAGCACCGCUUACUCCGUACCAGGAGGUAGUGGGUUCGUUGCAGUGGAUCGCUGUGGAUGGGAAGUCACAGAGAAGGAGCUGGCGAGGGAGGCUGAUGAGCGUAUCAUCGUGUCGUACAAAAGCAGGGACGAAGGCAGCAGAGACAGAACUUUGGCUGGGGAGGAGACUGGUAUCGAACGCAAACACAAGAUGGCUGAGUCUGUAGCGGAGAAGUCUGGGCUCAAGAAGUCAAAACACCAUUGUUUGGGAAGGAGAAAGUAG